GUUAAGAUCCCCUUACAGGUCAUCUUUUUAAAUAAAUAAAUUCAAAAAAAUUUCCAAUGUGUGUAAACAGAUGAGAUGGCAGUGUAUUAUCACAUACUAAAAAAAUGAAGAGGCUUCUCCAAGUCCCAAACCUAAGACAAGACCCAACAGGUUUCUCCUGUUGGAAAGAUGUAUUCUACUCAAGCCUCAGGAAAACCACGGUUAAUUUAAAUAGGCAUUGGCAUGAGUUACGGAUUAAUAAAUAAAGCAAUGGUUAUAAAUAUUUAGCUCAUGUUCUGUAUACUAUUUUGUAAAUACAUACUAACUACUAAAUAUUUAUGUGAUUAUUUUCAUAGACCUUACUUUCAAAAGGAAACAAGUAAUUGAAUGCAAAACCAUGCAGGUUCCUUUGACCCACUUAAUCACACCUAAGGUCCCUCCUUUUCAGACCACAAGGUCAUAACCCAGGUGCCAGGGUUUUGUAGGUAUGUUGCAUGAAGAUCAGGCAUGGCACUGGGAAGAGGCAGCCUCUCAGGAGCUGCUUUGUGAACCAUGAAAUAGCCUCAUAUCACACAGCUGUACUGAUCAGAUGUUCGCCCUGUGGUGUUUCUUUCCUAGUUUCGGUGCCCAUUUGGACUUUUAUAAUCAGAGAUGGCAACAAAGGUCUUCCCCAAAGCUCUCACGAUAACAGAGCUGGAUAUCCUCAGUCCUAUGACCAUCAUGUGGCCUUGCAGGAUUCCUGCCACAGUUAUUCACAUUUCAGAAGGUCUGGGCAGCAUCCACGUGGCCGCAGCAUGAUCCAGGCAUCCACAAGAGAAGACCAAGCUUUGCCUGAAGAAGAGGAGAUAGAAACCGAGUCAGAUGGAGAGGUGGAAUGUGACCUGAGCAACAUGGAAAUCACCGAGGAACUCCGCCAGUACUUUGCAGAGACCGAGAGGCACAGAGAAGAGCGACGGCGGCAGCAACAGCUGGAUGCCGAGCGCCUGCAGGACUACGUGAACGCUGAUCACGACCUGUACAACAGGACCCGCCGGUCAGUGAAGCCUCCGACUGAGAGGCCCGGUGAGCGGCGCCGGGCGGAGAUGAAGCGCUUAUACGGGGAUAGCGCCACCAAGAUCCAGGCCAUCGAGACUGCAAUGCAGCUGAGCUUUGACAAGCACUGUGACAGAAAGCAGCCCAAGUACUGGCCAGUCAUUCCCCUCAAGUUCUGAGCUCUGGGCACAGGGACCCUUGGGAAUGCCUUCUGAACAGGGUCCCCAGCUUCACCCCCUUCCUUUUGGGUACAGUUGCUGGUACAAGAAUUUGAACCCAUGACCUUGGUGUUACAAGGCUGCACUCUAACCAGCCGAGCCAACCAGCCAGCUUGGGUACAGUCUUUUCAUCUCUCCUUUUGUACGUUUCUCAGGAAAGAGGGGCUUUAUACUGAGAUAUAAGCAUGUUCAUCAAAGUCCCAGUGGGCCCAUCCCAGGGUGGGUGUAAUACGUCAGCCACUUGGAAGUCAGCAGGAUGUAUACUAUUCCCAACAUGAGAAAUUUCCUCUUGACAUAAAUUGAUAAUUUUGUAUAUAUUACACUGGCUUUUUAUGUUGUCAGUAAUAGUGUUCAAUUCAUUAAAGUUCUUGCCUAGAGCUACUGCCUAGUGUUUUGCCAUGUUAUAUUUUCUUGUCUUUAACCUGCCUGAAUUACAUAAAUGCCUUAAAUAAGCCGGAUGUCCUCACUAACUCCUUUAGUCCCCACUGAAAAUGAUCCAAGCUUGAGACAAAUACCACAUCUCUCUAAUGUAGGGGUCACCUGUGUGUUCUAUAAAGGGCCAGAGAGUAAAUAUUUUUGGCUUUGUAGGCCACAUGGUCUGUGCCAUGACUACUCUGUCUUGUAGUGUGAAACAGCCAUAGACAGUAAGGAAACAAAUGGAUGUGGUUAUGUUCCAAUAAAACUUUAUUUAUAAAAA